GCCCCUCGCUCAUUUUCCCUUCUCCGUCCCCACUUCCGAUGAUUGACAGUCUCAUCAACCAAUGACCUGGAGUCCAACCAAUGACCAACGUUUCAUAAGUGGUUGUGAUCUGUCAUCAUCGUUUCAUAAACAAAGCAUAGGACUCUGUCGCUGAAGAGUGAGGAACUUCUGCUAGAUGUACUUUAAUGAAGAACGCACUUCCUCGACAGUAUGAAGGGACUGUACUUAGUCGAGCCGGUCGUCGCGAUAUACUCGUUUGCCAGCUUUAUGGUUUACCCUCUGGUACAGCAGUAUGUGUAUCGCAGACUGUGGCUGGAGAUUACAAACUCACCAUAUCCCGUGUCCGACAACAGUUCCCGAUGUGCCAGCAACAGCAGCAACCACACCAGCCAGCAAGAUGAGGUGCAGAAAGCAGCUUCCCUGUUUUCCUUGUACAGUAAUUUGUGUUCCAUGAUCCCCAGUCUCUUGGUGACUCUUCUCCUGGUGGCCUACAGUGAUCAGCGCGGGCGUAAGAUCACCAUUAUUAUGCCACUCAUCGGGUCCCUGAUCUACACGCUUUCCCUCCUGGCCGUCUCCUUCUUUGAACUAAACCUCUACCUCCUAAUAGCUGCCUCCUUUGUAAGUGCCCUCUUUGGUGGCAUUGGCACCAUGCUGGGUGGCUGCUUCUCCUACGUGGCCGAUUUGUGUGAGGACGGCAAGCAGAAAACCCUUCGCAUGGCUACGGUGGACAUGGUGAUCGGCUUGUUGGCGGGUGUGGCAUCGAUCUCCACUGGCUACUUCCUGCGAGCAUCUGGAUUCAACUGGCCUUUCUUCACGUCAGCCAUUUUUCAGGUGGUUAACUUGCUAUACGCCAUCUUCAUCCUGGAAGAAACCAAGGUGAUUGACCGUUCUGAGACUGUGGCUUGUUGCCGGACUUUGCAGAAACUUGUAUCAGGGAUCUAUUACCUGUUUUUUGGAGGAAACAGAAGAAGUUGGAUUCUUGUGCUGAUGAUUGUCAUAUUUACUUCUAUUUCUUUUGCCAAUACUGGGGGUUUGUCCAUGAUGACACUCUAUGAACUCAAUGAGCCGCUUUGCUGGAGUGAGGUACUCGUUGGCUAUGGCUCCGCGGCUUCGCUCACUGUUUUCAUCACUAGUUUUGUUGGUGUGUAUGUGUUCUCCCGUUGUCUGCCUGACAUAACCAUCGCCUUCAUAGGAAUGCUGUCGGUCUUUAUAGGCAUGGUGAUGAUCGCCUUCGCAAAGACCACAGUCAUGAUGUUCCUUGUGAGGAUUCCUACAAUGUUUGCGAUCAUGCCGUUCCCCGUUCUGCGUUCAAUGAUGUCAAAGGUCAUCUCAAAGUCUGAGCAGGGAUCCCUUUUUGCCUGUGUGGCUUUUACCGAAAACAUGAGUAGUUACGUGGCCUCCGCAGUUUUUAGCAGCAUCUAUGCAGCUACUGUGGCAUGGUGCCCUGGAUUUGUUUUCCUGUUGGGUGCUGGACUCUGCCUCAUUCCUGUUAGUCUACUGGGCAUCCUUAGAUGUUUUCAUCCAGUGGAUUCCAAUGAGACUGAAGCACUCUUAUCAGACGAUGAGACUGAAAAUUCAGAUGAUGCACCUGUAGCUUAAAAACAAAGAGAGUUCAGAUACCUCAGUCAUUUACCUCAAUUCCCCUGUGUGAUUCUUUACUCAGAGACUCUGAGGAGUUAAACCGAGAACUGGAUAGAAAUGUGCACGAGUGGCUACUUUCUUCAAGCCAAAGCUUUAGAGUAUUUUGAGUGACAGUCAUGAAGUGUGCAAGUAUAUUCAGUUUGUAUUCAGUAUAGAAAUGGACAUUUUAAGGAUGAACCAUAGCAUAUCAUUAUAUUUCUAAAGGGAAAUUUUGUAAUAGAGCGAAGACCAUUUAAAAUAAUAAUAAUAAUUUUAGCAAAAAUGAUCUGAAGUUUGGGGUGAUGUGCAAUAAGAUGUUGUUUUGUAUAAGAUAACAAAUAGAUUUUAUAGUUUAUGCUAAAUAAUUAAGCAUAAGAUUUAAGAUGCAUUUCACUAAAGAUGCAGUUAACUCAGGUGCAUACUCUGUGUUGAAAAUGUAUCUUUGCUUCCCAGAGUGUGGCAAGUUUUCAUUAUCUCAUAUUUGCACAAAUCCAAGUCACUAAGCUGUGACCUGCCAUUCCCAUUUUUUAGACCUUUAGAUUAUGUCUAAAAUGUGUAUGGACUGUUGUUACCUUUCUGUCCUUUAGCUUUUUUCACAAUCUUUGUUUAAAAGACUGGGAUCAAAGCAUAAAUGAUCGAUUUCUGAGAACGGGUCAGUGCAAUGAAUUAAUCUUUGUAAGUGCCUGCCUCAUACUUGUACUCCUACACAGUGAAACCCACACCUGUUUAAGAUGACAUAAUAGGAGUACCUCCUGGACUACUUCAAUAAACCAGUUCACCUCUUUCAUUCACACAAACUCAGUCAAAGAAACCUCUCUGUUUACUUGUGUAUGAUUAUGAUGGCCUAAUUUGUUUUUGAGAAAACUAGUUUCUGAAUACCAACUGUGGUGGUUUAGUCCUUUUUUAUAUAUUUCUUCCUUUAAUCAAAUAUUAAUAUAUUUGUGUGAUGAUGUGGGCGUGGCCAAGUGACAUCUGUGGAGAGCAAGUCUGGACACCCUUUUUAUCCCUUUCUAGUUCUCACUGAAACAAAACAGUAGUCUGAGUUACUUUCCCACAGGUGUCAAUCCUUACCAUUCUUCCUCUUCCGGCCUUGCUCUCCACAGACGUCGCUCGGCCACGCCCACAUCAAUAUCUUUAUCAAAUUUAGUUGUUAUAUAGAUAAUAAAAAUAGCUGCUGCUCUUUUUUUUUUGUUGGUCUGUCUGCUUUUACAGAGUUUAAAAGCCGCUGAUGUUUUAGAGUCCUUGCACUCUAAACUGUUCAUCAAUGUGGCCAGCAGGUUGCAGUAUAGAUCUUAUUUUACCUUUUGGAGGUUUUGGAUUUUAUUGUGGAGGGAGGGUUUUAGGAUUGCUUUGUGAAAUAUCAGUCACUAUUUUUAGGUAAUUUUAACAUUAUAUUCUCAGAUUCUUUAUUAAAUGUAAUUGUUUAAAUUGUGAACAAUGUAACAUGUUUCAUUGCUUUUGUAUGACAAAUUAAUUCAUUAAUGUAGAACAAAGCCACAACACUACCACUCACAAAUUGGACUUUUUCUGUACUCCUAAAGUAGCGACGGUAGUAAAUUUACAUUGCCAGUUCUUUUAACGACCAUUGGCCCAUUAUUAAAAUAUGGUGACAAACAUGUCCCUGAAAAAGAUUUCAAAUACUCAAGAAGCACCGUUUUAAAGGCAUCAUUCUAUAACCUAACCUUUUGUUAAAUAAUAUGAAGUGGUUUGACUUAAUUGUUUUACAUAUUUUUUUGAAAAUAUAAAUCUGAAUUUAUCAAUUGCCUAAAAACACACAUCCCUUUCAUCUGGUCAUACUUCUAUGAUGUUUACAGUUAUUUAUGUGUUUUUUUUUUCAUACUUUUAGUUUUCUCAGGUCAAGAAUUAGUACAAGGUCUAACAAGUGUGCAAUAAAGCUAAAUAAUUAAUAAUAAUUUAAAUAAUUUAAGAAGAAUAUUUGUCCUUGAUUUCAUGUCAUUAGUGUUUUGAAUGUUAAAAAUGUGUAUUUUCAAAAUACAAAACUUUGUGGAAAAGAACAUCCAAG